AUUGCAGCCUGACAAUCACGUAGUAAAUUGUAAAAAAAGUUCGGUUGCUGUAAAGUGAGGCUACCGUAUGUCAAAGGACGUCUCAAUGCCUAACCACCAGAGUGCCCACUUGCUCUACCUCCUAUAGACACUAGUUCGCCUUCAUAGUCCUGUAAGAUUAGGCUGUCAUUCUGGGUAGCUUGUUGUAAAGGCAGGCUAGCAGAGUGCAAGCAGGAGCGAAUGCAAAACCCUAAGCCCUAAAAACAUUGUAAUCUGGAGCAGCCAUGACGCGAAACCAAUGCAAAGAGGAAAGUGUUCGCACCGUUCUACGCCCGCCUGCGGGAAAUAUGGCUUCCUACCCCCGCGAGUACCUCGCGACUGUCCGGACCUGCGUCAUGAAGGCUUGGCCUGCUUCUGGACCAAAUGCAACUAAACGAGAGGUGGCCUUGACGCUUCUGUCCGACCCUGAGUUACGGCUCCGUGUUUGCCAUCUGGAGGAAAUACUACGUGCAAGGCAGCAGCUGGCGCGAAUGCAGGGCAACGGCAAUGGGUCGGGUCUACAGUUUGCCAGCGGCUCUGUUGCAUCUACAGCAAGCAGCAUUGUUUCAGGUACCGUACGAGACCUGCCUCCAGUGCAGUUGCAGACUGCGCUUGCGGACCCGUCUUUCGCAGCGAUUUUCGAGCUGGACACCGCCGUAAACGAGCCAGAUUGGGGCAUGCAGGUUCUCUGGCUCAACAUGAGCCAACUCCGGAGGGAGCUAGGCUUGCCGCCGCCGCCGACACCGCCACCACCCAAUCUCGCCACUGCCCCGCCAACACCACCACAUGCCGCUACCUCGCCUAUUUCGGCCAGCACUAUGUCCGGCGCUGCCGCCUUCCCUUCUGGUGACUGCACCUCUCCACCUAUCCCAGGUUCAGCUCCGGAUCUGGGCGCGCUUCCGUCAGCUGUGGAGUCGCUGUUUUCCAGCCACCCAACUGACGAUCAGGAUUACGUGGCAGCUGCGGCUUGCUUCUGCCUGCUGAUGUCGCGCCGUGAUGCUGCUUUGCCGCCGCCGGCUCCCAGCCUCCCGCUAGCGGAGCUUGCUGUACUGUUGCGCGGUUGCGCCUCAGUCGACAGCCGGCUGGCAGCGGCGCUGCAACGCAUACAAGGCGGCGGCAUCAGCGUAGGCAGCGCCGCGUUCCGCAAUGGUGGUGCAGGCGGUUCUGGUCCGCCGGCCGCGCCGCAACCAGCGCUUAUGAUGCGCCUGGCUGAAGUUCUGGAGUCGCCCCGAGCCAGGCUAGCCGUGCGCCUAAGCGAGCCGUCCUCACGUCCAAGUGAGCGCGUUGCGAGUUUAAUGGUGGAGCAACUCAUGCGCGCCGGCAGUGGUGGCGUCGCAGCAAAACCGGGGUCAGGCCAGCAGAUGCCGCCCACCACAGGGCUGCCGCUGGAGGUUUGGCGGAGCGCUGUGGCAGCCGCUAGCGGCUCUGAACCCGCGGCAGCUGGCACAGCCGAGGAGGGCCUGCCGGUGUUUCUAUACGAGUACGAGGCGCCCACCGGCGUGCGCGGAAAGGAAGGCAUGGGUGCUCCCGCUCCUGCGCUACGUGACCAGCGCGGUGGCGGCUGCGCCUCCGCAACCGCUGUCCCUCGACUCAGGAGCGGCUCGGCCGCUGCUGCCAGUCCCUCCGCCACCUCAGUGCACACCUCACAGGGCCAGGAACCCGCUAGCCAUUGCUCUGCUUACGUCUGCCAUACUACGAUGCCUGCUUCUGCGCCAUCACCGACACAGUCCUCCAAGGUCCAGUCGCUGACAUUGAGCAGCAGCAACGGCGGUGGCGGCACAGAGGCCAUGUCCCUUGCGUCCGCGGCCUCUGAUCCCGGUGUCCCCGAUCCCCAGCUACCCGGCAUGGAGGCCGCGGAGGCGGCGGGAACACUAUUCCGCCGCAACACAGAGCCCCCUGUUGCGGCGGUCGCUGGGGUUGGCUCAUCGUACGGCAGCGGCGGCGGCGCCGACUUUGCGUGCUUUCCGGGCCUUGCACAAGGGUUCGGCACGUCGUGGGGCGCCGGUAGGACGUCCCUCGGUGCUGCAUGUGCGGCUGCUGGGACCGCAGAUGGCGUCGGCCUCUCUCCCGGUGGCUUCAAUGGUGGCGCUAGGUUCCCUCUCUUUACCGGCAACCGUAGCGCCGACAACCUUUUCCAUAACAGCAUUGGCGGUAGCAGUGCUGGUGUCGCCCUCAGCAGCAGCCUGGGGGGUGCCGGCGCCGCUCACUUGUCGCCCCUGGCGGCCUCGCCCGGCGGCCCCACCAGCGAGAUCGCCGUACCGAGGGCCAUCGCGGAUGUGUGGUCGAACGCCCCUGCCGUCAGCGGUGCCGGUGGCGGCUGUACGGCAGCGGUAGUUGGUUCCGCGGACGCAGGCCACGGCGGUGUGUUCUCCAUGUCCCCGACGCAGGAGUCCUAUUUAUGGGAACGCGUGGCCGCCGGUCGCACCGCCAGCAACACACUGCCCGCUGUGCCCGCCGGGACUCGCCCUGAAGCCGCCACAGCCGCCACGGGAUCUGGCAUGCCCGGUCUCAACACCGGUUUCGGCAGCUUUAGCGGAGGUAUGGGCUUCACGAGCUUUGGUGGCGCCUCGGGUAUCGGUGGAUUGGGAGCCGGAGGGCUGGUGGUAGGAUCGGCGCCACCAAACGUGUUCCCGACAUUCCUACACAGCGGCUGCGGCGACGUUGUCGGUGCUGGCGGUGGUGUUGGCGCGGGCGCGUCCCUUAUGGGUUACGCCCCUUGGCAAGCCUCGUCCUCAGACAUGGCCGCCAGCUACCUUGCAGGCCACAGCGCCCCCGCUAACGACGCGGCGGCGGGCGCCUCCUGGUUACUCGCUCAUGGCGCUCGGACUGCCGUGACAUCUGGCGGAGGAGCUGCUGCGGCCGUCGGAGUCGGCGCCGGUGGCCGGUCCGCUGAGCCCCUUAGGGCGGUUGGUGCGCCUGUCGCCGCGACGCGCAUGGCCACUGGCCACUCCCCGAGUGUGAGCGAGGAGAGUGAGGAGGCUGCUGGCGUAGUGGGCGGGCUGGACUUGGAUCCCUUGGCGCUGACUCUAGAGGCCAUCAUCGGGCUCGAUUCCGCCAGCCAGCUAGGAACGAGAUCGGUGCUCUCCGGGCCCACAACUGCUGCCGCUGCCCCGGGAACGGCACCCGCAGCUAAGGGCCUUAUUGCCGCCGCCGCUGCGCCCAAGGCCCCUGCCGCCUCCCCUCCUGGAGUCCCACAUCCAUCUUCGCGCAGCUUUACCUCCGCCACUCCGGGUACGGCCGGAAACUUCAUCGCUGGCCACGGCGGCAGCAGCAGCCAGCACAGCAGCCUAGAUAGCAGCGACACCGUGCAGCAUAGCGGCAGCAAUGGCGCAGUCGCCACCCCCGCCGUACUGACGGGUUGGUCAGCCAUGGCGGCGCGAGUCGCGCCGCUGGCGCCGGCGCUCUACCCCAACGUCGCUGGGGUGCAGCAGCAGCUUGCGGCGGCGGCAGCUGCUGCUGGAGGUGGUGGCCGCCAUGUGGGGUCGCCGCUUCCACCAUCCAUCAUGACUUCUGGUCAGUUCGCCGCCACGAUGGCUGCUAUGGGGGCUGCCGACGGCGGCGGCAGUUCCCUGGCGGCCGCGAUGAGCAAUGCCUGCGCCAGCGGUACGGCAGCACGUGACGUGUUCGGUGGCAAGGUGCUGCACCCAAAGCUGACCCCGCGCGUGCGAGAGGAGAUUUGCCAGCUGGUUCGCACCGUCCCUGGCCUCAAGGCCGAAGACUUUGAUGACGGGGUGUUGCAUCAGCUGACCCUGAAGCGCAGCGAGGACGAAGCACUUGCGGCGCUACGGCAGCUUGCGGCGGAGAACCUUUGCGGCAUCCAGCACAUGGCGGCCUACAUCAACCACAUCAUCAAGAACUACCAUCACACAGGCGGACUGGGGGCGGCAGGCGGGGCCGGCACGGCGGGGGCGUCGCUGCCGUCAGCCACGGUUCGCGCCAACAGCACUCCGGUGUCGUCUAAGGCCAUCCUGCAGAAGCUGCCCCUGCGCGUGUACAGGCGGCUUGAGGAGGUGAUCGCAAAAUGCUCCUACAUGGAAUGGAAGCACUUCGAUGCGGGGGUGGUCAAGGUGAUGGCCCAGUUGUCUGAGAUGUGUGAGGAGGACGUUUUUGAAGAACUGGAGCUGCUGCAGUCCACCGACCUCUCCAACGUGGAGUACAUGCCCGCCUACCUCAAUAAGCGACUCAACAACCGCCUCUGGUCGCGGAGGAAGGUGAUUAGCGCGGCGGGGGCAGGGGUGGGGGGUGGCAGCGGCGGCGGCGGCAGCAGCAGUACUGGGCCUUGAGGCUGCGCAGUUGGAGAUCUCAGGGCACGGAGGGAGGAAUGUUGACAGCGGUGCGGCGUAAGAAUCCGGACCUACGAAAUUACAGGAUACAUGGAUGGACGUCCAGGUUAGCAUGAACGCGCAAUAGAUCCUGGCAAUGCUGUGCAGCAUAAAACGCAUUGUUUUGGGCAUCAGGCGGGGACGGAUGGCGUUUGCUUGUACCCGGGGCUUGCACCGGACAGCAGCUUGGCUGUCUGCAAUGGCAGUACCGCCUCAUACCACAGCUUUUGAGAAGUGCAAGAAGUGGGACUAUAAUCGGACGACAAAUGUGCCAAAGCGAAGACCGGCAAUGGGUUGUAGAAUUGGAUUAGGGGGUGCGCGCCUUGAGCCUUACCCGUGGGUCAGUCGGUCUCUGUACAAUAUCAUUGUGCAUCCGUGAGGAGUGGUUUAUUUAGAUAGGGUACGGGUUCCACGAGGGCCCGUAGCUAUCUGGUUUGACGUCUGCUUUAUCCUUACCUGUUUGGGUUGGUGCAUGCCAGGACACGUGACAUACGCUGGCCAUUAAGCCGGUAUGGGGACGCCCUUCAGUGUCCUUCAGUGCCCCUCUGUACAUGUGUACAUUUGAGUUGAUUUCGGAGUUCGGGCCACAGACGGACGAGCUGUGAGCAGAUAGGGCAUGUUGAGAAGCUGGUAGACACGUGGUGCAUGGAUGACCAGGAUGUCUUUCUACAGGAGAGAGGUAUACCAGCAAAGCACAAGAUGCGCACGCCGUUUGGAUAAUUCAGGGCGUAGUUCACCGCCUUCUGCAGCAAUGGGGGCGGCGACCGGUGGGUCUGUUGGUGGUUGUGCUCAUGAUAAGACCGAUGGGGGCUUGCGAGGCGCGGCAGCGCAUUUCUACAGACUUGCGGGCAUGAAGGGUAGGGGCUAAGUAAGGAGACUUCUUGUCAAUUUAGCGAACCCACGGUGGUGCGGGAUCUUUACUUCUUUAGGUGUGUCUUACGGAAUACGCCACAGCAAAAGCAGAGGGUUGCGUUGUGCCUUCAUGGAAGUGGAAGGACCCGUGGUUGGUAUAUGAGUGCCGUGGUCACGUAAUGCCGGCGUACAACAGAUGCGGCGCUUAUAGAUAGAAUGAUUCCGUCGUGUGUGUACUGUGCGAAUGGACAGGAGUUUGGGGGUUCCUCAUGCGGAUACGGCAUGGCCGGACACAGCACGGCGCAUAGGCAGAGUUGUUGGGUACUUCAGGCAUGGACUUUUAAGACUUUAACCCUGUAUAUUAUCAUUUUACUACGGACCUGGACCGAUACUGCCUUUUGCAAGCAACUGGGCAACGCGUUGGACCUGUCUCGUGUACCAUAUUGCCUUUCAGUGCUUCCCUAAUCUGGUAGGUGUUGUACGGCAGGUACUGAAACUUAAAUGUAUCUGGGAGACGCUUUGUUGGCACGCUUUGCGCAUUUAUGAGGUAGGGUGCAUAUUCUUUCACACUACUUCUGCUCACUACUUAUAAACGCAGUUCAGCCCAGCGCUACUGAAUUGCGUGUGGGAUCAUGUCUCCAGGGGCGGAUAGGUGGCAUUCGCAGCUGUAUGGAGUCACCUUAUUAGUCGGCCCGUGUAGGUUGCUUAAGUAGUACUUAUUUCUGCUUGUGGCUGGUGUGCCAUCCUGCACCCUGUACUUCACGUGGUUUAAGGCCGAAUUGGUAUUUCAAUAACAAAGGAAUGCGACCAUGACGCAAGCAAUGUGCUG